AUGGAAAAUUUCACCUGUAUAGCAGACAACGGAUUCUUCAAACUCCAAACAACAUUACCACUCUUUGUAAAAGUAACUCCGAAAGUCUAUGUGUCUGCAGAACCGUCACCAAAUGUAACAGAAAACAGCAACGUGACUCUCCUCUGUUUAAAUGACACAACAACCUAUCCUACAUAUCUGGUUUGGAAAUUUAACCAACAAGUAAUUGUUGAAGAAAGUCAUAACCUUUUAUCUUUGUUAAAAGUUCAAAGAAAUCAAGCUGGACUUUAUACUUGUGAAGUGACAAACAGUGCAGGAACUGGCGAAGAUAGCUUAUAUGUAUCUGUCAAAUAUAUACCCACUGUAGCUGAUAACUUCACAAACUACAAGUAUGAAGCAGAGCUCGGACAACCGACCAAAAUAAAAUUGAUCAUUGAUAGUUUUCAAAAGCCAGACAUUGUAUGGACAAUGUCUGCAGGAGGGAAAUUGGGAUAUUGGACAGUUAAUGCUAAAACAGAUCAUUUAUAUUCCGUUUCAACUACAGUUCUUCCAGAAGAAAAUAGUCACUUAGGAGAAUAUGAAAUGAUAAUUAGAAAUGAUGUAGGCAGUGUUGAUGUCGUCAUUCAACUUGUUUCUGGAAUGGUCACUGUAGUACCAUAUGAAGCAGUUUGCAAUACGUCAGAAAGUGUGGAAUUGACAUGUGUUAACAAGGACAAACAUUUACAAACAGAAUGGACUGCUAAAUGGAUCCAUAAGCUAAAUAGAAUUUUUAUUCGAUCACCCUCCUCUGAAAUGAAUGGUAAUAUUUCCACUAUGACAAUAAAGUUUUGCGAUUACAAAGAUACUGGGACGUACGUUUGCGAAUGGACCUCGGGCGAGAAAGUGUACAAAUCAAGCGCAAAAGUAACCGUUCAUGGUCUUCCAGUAUUUUCGUUUACUGACAUAGUCGUUCUAAACAAAACAAGUGUGAAUCUUGAUGUUUACUUUUAUUCCAAACCUGAACCAAUUCAAAUAAAGUGGUUACUCAACAGUAAAACAAUUCGACAUCCUGGUACUUUACCACUGAACAGACAUUACGUCAAUCUAACUAUCUACAAUACAUUGGUCCCUAUUGAAGGAUUUAAAGCGUCCAUGUUGUUAACAACAGCAUCAAAUUCAUCAGGUUUUAUAUACACUUGUUCAGUAAGAAAUCAUUUUGGUAUAAUAGAAGCAAACUUUCAAGAAAAGGAAGUUUUAGAUGCUAUUCGUAUUUGGGAAAAUAAAACAAAAGCAGGAAAUAAUAACGAGGUUAAAAGUCGGCUGGAUUAUGCUUAUGGAACGGUUGGUGCUUUUCUUGGUCUUACGAUUAUUGUUGUAUUUAUAGUGGUAGUAUAUCGAGCACAGCUAACGAAGAUAGUAUCACAAGAUAAGUAUAAGUGUUAA